AUGGUGUCUCCUUCUACUCCUGACUCUCACAAGAGCUCCAGCAGUCCUGCUGCAUCAAACGCUACCCCUUCGCCUCCUCAGCAGAACACGCCUUUCACUGAGAUGACGGACCCGCGAUACAAGAAGACUAUGGACUACUCUCAGCUUUUCACUGCAUCUAAUGGUUUCGGUCAGGGACAGCAAAUUCCAGCUGUACCUCUGAACUAUAUUCCUCCUGUUCCCGCUCAGCAUACUACGCCUCCUCCUUCGGAACAAGCUCAGAACUUGGGGUUAUUCUACAGGCGAAACAACGGCGUCGGAAACACCUUCAAUCCCCGCAAUGGCUCAAACACUUUCCAGUCACUUCUCAAUGGCCAGAACCAGAACCAGGCUCAGGCUCAGAAUCCUCUGGCUGCUCAAACAGCCAUGCCCGUCCGUCAGCCAGUCAUUCCUCCAGUCGGCCACGCUUCCCCUGUUAGAGACAGUUUUGCAGGAAGUCUUGCCCCUUCACCUGAAAUCUGGGAGGGUCUUAAGAAUCGCUUCAAUCAGUUUAACCUACGCGAGUCUCAAGCUCCUACAUCUGUACCGGGCCAAGCCUUUACAUCUGACCAGGAAGCUCGACCAUUCAAGCUCCCCAACUAUCUAAGCUCUUACGAGCCUCGACAGCCUUUUGCCCCCAGUAGCAACCAUUCUGUUCGUUCUCAGCCAGAUAGCCCUACUCUUGGUCAAUCUUCUACUCCUCGAGGCUUCAGGCCCAUGGCUGCUAUCAACCACAACCGUCCUGUCGCUAGCACCGAGAAUGGGCAAGUCGAAGCUGAGGUGAACAUCUUCUCAAACAACUACAAGGGCGAACACACCAUGCGUAACGCAAGUGCCAUGAAUCUUGCCCCAGAGGAGAACUGUGCUCUCUGGUUGACCAACCUGCCUCCGGAUGUUACUCACAACCAACUUCUGGCUCAGAUCCGCAACGUCGGCCGCAUUUGGUGCACUGUUAUCAAUGAGCCUGACUACGAGCGCCAUGAUACUGCUGCCGCCAAGGUUGUUUUCUUCACCCCUGGCCCUGCGCAGCUGUUGCUCUCCAAGUCUUUGACCCAAGGUCUUGAAGUGUCCGGCUAUCCAGUCCGCGUCACUCACAACCGUGUCAAGUACGGUGAACAGCCCAUAGUCGGAGCCGCCUCUCGCGUUCUCAUCAUAACCGGCAAAUCGACUUUCGUCAACGUAGAAAGCCUGACCGAGUUCUUCAAGGAGCGUUUCGUCUUUGAGGUUGACGAAAUCACCCCUCUCAUCGUCCAGCCCUCGCGCGUCAAGGGUGGCCGCUCAGUAAUCGAGUACCGCUUCGGCAGCUUCCGAUGCCAGGCACAGAUGGGCAAGAUGGCCCUGGAGAAGGAUCGACCUCUAGGAUUUGAGAAGGUCGAGUUUGGAGAGGAUCCUUGUGAAGUUGGAGACACACUCAGUGCUUACGGCAUUGCCGCUGAGCGAAUCCAAGGAAAGGGAAUGUAA